UGUACUAACAGAAGAAGUUUGUAGUCUCAAGGAAUCUCAAUUAAAAAACGAAUCAUCAACUCUUCAUAAGUCAUCAGCCUUAGCUCCAAAGGAUCAAAUACAAAGAGAUGCCUCACUCAUGCUAAAACUGGAAACUGAAAAAAAGAACGACGUCAGAAAGGACGAGUUUAAGGAGAAUUGUGAAACCUUGAUGAAUGAAAGUAGAUUUCAUAGUAACAAAAUUUCUGAAACUGACGAGAAAUUAACAAAAAAAGAAAUUAAAGGACAUAUUCAGCUUAAAAAUAAAAAUGAAGCAGACAAACACAUUCUUCAUGUUUACGAUAAACCUUAG